AACAAAAUGUUUUUUAUAACUUAAUCUUAUAAAGGGCAAAAAAAUGGAAAAAGAUCAUAAGUACAAAAAAAUUGUGCACUUUUUAUAAGUGCAUAGAAUAUUUGAAUAGCAGAAAACAGGAACAGCAAUAUUCACCAUGCCUUACGUACCUGGUGGAGACUGCAAUGUGGGAAAUGUGACAAAAGGAAAGGAAUGUGAUGGAUGUUUCCCAAGUAAAUCCAAAAGUCCAAUCGUUGUUAAGAUAUGUAGACCAAUAAAUCAUAAUGUUAACAGACUGGGCUACGGCAAUCGUUUUCCAUCAAACCAAGGAGACUGCUGCAAAUGUCGUGCGCACAAAGGAUAUGCUAACCAAAUGGUAUCCAAUCAAAAUAAAAUAGCUAACUUCGAUCUAAUUAAUCGCAUAAAUGACGCAAGUGGAAUGAGUCCAAUGCUAACAUAUACGGCAACACCUCCUGGAGGACCGCCAGGUAAAAGGAAGUGUGAUAAUUGUAUAAACAUACUACGUGACAAAGAGCUCCAAUUAUUAAAGAAAGAACAAGAAAUAUUAAAAAUCAAGACACAUUUCACAAAUCUUCCAAAGAGUGGCGGCCAAGAAGGACUAGGAACAAACUGUGAGCAUUGCUUCAAAGCUCUUCGUGAAAAGGAAUUCGAGUUAUUUAGAAAAGAGCAAGAAAUAGCAAAAAUGAAGAUGGCUGUUGUUGCGAAGAGUCCUUUAGAUACUCAAGCAAAAGUAGACAGGGCAAGAUGUACUAAUUGUUUCAAGGCCCUGCGUCAAAAAGAAUUAGAACUAAUUAAAAAAGAACAUGCACUAAUGAAGAAUAUGACUCGCCCGAAUAUAAAUGUGAAAAACUUGAACUACUGCAGUUGCUGUAGAGAUAAGAAAAAAUCAUCAAUUAAUCAAAUGAAGAAACAAGAAGAAUUGAGAAAAAAGAAUCGUGACAAUUGCUUUAAACAACUUCGCAUGAAAGAAAUCCGACUUUUAGCGAAAGAGAGAGAAAUUGAUAAGAAGAUCCAGAAGUUUAGAGAGGAAAGUAUUGCCAAAGCCAAGAUGGAUUUGGAAAAAACUCCGGAUCCAAGACUUAUAAAACCAACGACACAAGAGGUUUUAAAAUGCUCGUGUAGCUGUACAGGUUUACCAGAACCCAUUAAAGAAAAAGAGAAGCCGCCAGGUAUUUGUAAAUACUUAUAUAAAAAAUUCCCUACGGCCCCCGGAGGUCGGCGUGGUCAGACGAUGCCGAUGGUAACGGUGAAAUCACAAGACACAAAACUUUCCGCCAAAGCACUCAAAGAACGCAAGUGCUCACGUCCUUGUUGUUUCAUAAAAAUGGCAUCCAAUAUGGCUGCAUGUUUCUUGACUCCACCGAAAGUCAAGAAGCCAAAAGAACUUCCAGAAACAUGCAGGUUUAUGAAAAUGCUACCUUGGUGUAGCCCAGGUCAACCCAAGACGGACAUAAAAUGUUGUAUUGUGCCAACUAAGCUCGAACAACCGCCGCCAAUCAAAGAACAAAUAAGAAUUGAAGAACGUAUUAAAAAGCAAAAGGCUAUAGCAAUCAAGGCUGCGAAGGCUGCCGCCAAGUCUGCUUCGCCGUACAGAGUCGAUACGAUCGGUCAGAUAAGGCCAGGAAAGAUUAGGCCUUCGUCCAAGGAAAAGCUGAACGUUUUGGAGGCUGAAGUGCUCAGAUCAUAUGGGCCUAGGGGCCUUCAAGCGUACAAGACUAAGAUGGCUGAACUUAAGAUUGAUACUCAAGUAGCCCAUGCUAAACUUCCUAAAAAAAUACAUUCCGGGGAGGAACGAUUCCAGACUGAAAUGCCAAAAAAGUAUACGUUUAAAGAAGCUAAGCAUUUCAUCUCUAAGAUGGGCGUCCCAGGCCGUCCCAGUUACCAGGUCCCAGGCCAAUCUCGAGGCUUCUAUUCAUCGACCAGGCUCGGUGCUGAUCAGGGGAUCGAAGUGCCUGGUUCGAAGUUUACAAGCACAAGGGGAACUUUCAAGACCAAAGUCUAUGAUCGGGCGACCAAAGCAGCCAAGCAAUUUAGAACGAAAGUCGAGCCAGGUUAUGCUAAAAAGCCUGGAGAAUAUAUUGAGGAAGGCGGUGGUUAUAAGCCAGAAGGAGCUUACAGCGCAACCAAAAGGCCAAUAACAUCCAAGACCAUCGUUGAUGAACGCCGGGAAGACCGAAUGGCAGUAGCAAAACAAUCAAAAUCUAAGAUCAUGAUAGGUGAUGACGGGUUUGAAGUGCCUCAAAAAUACAAAGCCAUAUUUGCAGAUGAUAAGACCGAAGUAUCAAGAAAAUUUAAGGCCAAGAUGAAAGACUGGGGAGAAAAUUCCAAAAAAGACCAAAAAUAUGCGAAAAAAUAUGGUUACGAAAAAGGGAGGGAGGUUGAAGAUGCAUUGCCUAGAAAAUACAAAAUAUUCGGUAAGGGUGAAGAUGAAGUGCCAAGAAAAUACAAAAUAUUCGGUAAGGAUGAAGAGCCUAGAAAAUACAAAAUAUUCGGUAAGGAUGAAGAGCCUAGAAAAUACAAAAUAUUCGGUAAGGAUGAGGAUGAAUUGCCUAGAAAAUACAAAAAAUACAGAAAAGAAAGGGAUGAUUACGAAAGUGCAUUACCCAAACGAUACAGAACAAAAGUUGGCGAUGAAGGGUACGAAGUGCCCAGAGGAUACGGGAGUAGACACGGAUCGGGAGAUUACUACGAUGAAUUCCCGGGAGAAUAUGGUUCCAGGGAGAAAAUGAGAGGUCCUAUACCUUGUGCACGGGGAUGGUUGGUAAAACCCCUGCGCAAGCGAGAGUGUCCUGACAGUCCUGACGAUGACGCAACAAAACUGGGUCUAACUGAAGAAGACGAACUACUCCAAAUAGACUUGACGGCGAGGACCAGUGUGUUCAAGCAGAGAACCAGUAUGCUCAUGCAGAAGAUCAAAGUGUUCACGCAGCGAAUCAACAUGUUCACGCGGAGGACCAAAAUGUUCACGCAGAGGAAAACAAUGUCAGCGUAA